CCCGCGCACGCGCACGCGCCGACAUGAGGGUCGCGGCUCUGAUCAGUGGUGGAAAAGACAGCUGUUAUAACAUGAUGCAGUGCAUUGCUGCUGGGCAUCAGAUUGUUGCUUUAGCAAAUUUAAGACCAGCUGAAAACCAAGCAUUAUUCCUUCCAGUUGUCUCAAAUGUGGGGUCCGAUGAACUGGAUAGCUACAUGUAUCAGACUGUGGGUCAUCAUGCCAUUGAUCUGUAUGCAGAAGCAAUGGCUCUUCCCCUCUAUCGCCGGACCAUAAGAGGAAGCAGCGUGGAUACAGGACAAGUGUACACCAAAUGUGAAGGUGAUGAGGUGGAAGAUCUCUAUGAGCUUUUGAAACUUGUUAAGGAUCCUGAAGGUGAAGCAGAGAAGCAUGCAGAUCUGAGACUCCACCACAACUUUCUCUUUUACAGCAGUACCGAAAAAGAAGACAUUGAGGGGGUAUCAGUAGGAGCUAUACUUUCUGACUAUCAGCGUGUUCGAGUAGAAAAUGUGUGUAAAAGGCUUAAUCUCCAGCCUUUAGCUUACCUUUGGCAGAGAAACCAGGAAGAUUUGCUCCAUGAAAUGAUAUCAUCCAACAUUCAAGCAAUCAUCAUCAAAGUAGCAGCUUUGGGUUUAGAUCCGGAUAAGCACCUUGGAAAAACCCUGGAUCAAAUGGAGCCUUAUCUCUUAGAGCUUUCCAAGAAAUAUGGAGUCCAUGUUUGUGGAGAAGGUGGAGAAUAUGAGACAUUCACUUUGGAUUGCCCUCUAUUUAAGAAGAAAAUAAUUGUGGAUUCAUCAGAAGUUGUCAUACAUUCACCUGAUGCAUUUGCACCUGUGGCUUACCUACGCUUUUUAGAUUUGCAUUUGGAAGACAAGGUGUCCUCAGUACCUGACAACUACAGACCAUCCAAUUAUAUUCAUAAUUCUUGAAAAGAAUUUUGAACAUAGAGAUUUCUCAAUCUCUAUAUCCAUCCACUGUUUUUCUAAUACAUUUAUUUAUUUCUUAGAAAUAUGUACCUUACUUCAUAAGAAGUAAAUUGAUUAAUUGGGGAAGUGUGAAUUCCAUGUUCAUUCAUAUUGCCAAUUUUCUCAAGACUAUUCUUUCUUUGACUUUGGCUGACACAUCAUAUCCAUGAACUUUAAGUGUAUAUACUCUCUUCAUCUCUUGCCCUCAUUUCUGUAAUGUUUCUUUCCCUCCUCUGCCUCUCCUAUUAUCUUUGCCAACAUUAUGAUGCAAAGACAUUUGAAAAUAAGGCUGAAAAAGCAUUCAUUUUAUUUAGCCAGUUUUGCUAGACAUAUUUUUAUCUUUAUUGCCAUAAUUAACAUGUUAAAUCUUUCCUCCCUUAUGACUUUCUUUGAAAUUACAUGCUUUGAGGUGACAAUCUAUUAUGAAUUCAAAGGGAAAUGGUGAAAGAUCCUCUCCCAGAAAUCCCAGUACAUCUCAGUGAUGGGGUAAAGCUUUGACCAAGUCACCAGCUUUACUUCUGAGUCCACAUAGUUGGUAGAGAAGGAGAUUCUCUAGAGGGAAAACAAAGUGUGAUUGCCAAAAGAAAGACAAAUAAAUGCUAGAGGGCAGAUUUUAGACACUGUUUCACGUUUUAUCACAAUUACACUUCAUCCCAAAUAAUAGUGGGAUCUAGAAUGUAGAACCUUGCAUACCACUCUGAAAAUCUGUAACUGUACCCUAACUCCCUGCAGUUUCUAUUCAAUCCAUGUCUCAUACAUACGAAAUUACUUUGUUGAACUGCUAUCGGUCUUUUCCCAGUCUUCAUAAUCCUUAAUCCCUUUCCUUGAUAAUAUUGGCCACCAUCUCCCUGAAAAUUUCCCUUACAGUCAUUUAUGUCACUGUGCUAUUCUACUUUUUUUCUUCUACUCGAUUUCAAGAUUUCUUCUAUCACCUAAGUAGCUAUUCUGUCUUACCUUAAACACUUGUCUCAAGUUCUUUUUAUGGCUCCUUUCAUAUUUCAAUAUUUUCAUUUUAUUGAAAUUUUGUCUUUUUCCACAAAUUUACUUUUCAUUAUGCAGGUACUUCUCAAUUCACUCCCUUUCUGGAAUUUCCAUUAAUAUUUACUCAUUCUCCUUAAGUCUAGAAAGUUACUUCUGACCAGCUUAUAGAUCUGACUACUAAUAUGUAUAAAACUCAUUAUGUAAACACUGUAAACUUAUUUUUCUCUCCAAUUGUACUUUCCAUCUCAUUUUGUAAUUAAACACAACUGUUUGCCCCUGGUAACAGGCACAGAAUAGCCCCAUUUUCUCUUACAUUUACCAUGAACAUGGAAUUGGUUAUCUAAUCCUCUAUAUGCUAGUUCUCCUAUGUCCCUUAAGCCAUUCCAUCUCCAUUCCCAUCUUUCUAGUUAAAGUGUGUCUUUCCUGGGCCUCCCCGGUGGCGCAGCGGUUGAGCGCUGGGUUGCGAAGCUGCCCGCAGCCUCUGCGGCACCGGUUCAAUCCCCGGCUGCUCCCCGGCCACCGGAGGAGGGUCCCACAUGGCGCGC